GAAAAGUACUAACGUUGAAUGAAGGCUCGAUGCGGAGGACAGCAUCCCUCGAUGCACUGUAUUUGCGUCCGGCUCCGGCCUGGAGUCUACUAACCUCCACUCUGCUGCAGCUGGACAAGGCCACCCAAACCGAGGAGUCCUACUUGGAACGCACACGAGGCAGUACGUGGACACCGACUGCCGGUGCGGGUUCCGGACCAUCGGCGGACGCCUCGCCCGUCAUAACCCGUACCGAGGUGACCACCCCGACUGAUUUGAAGAUGGAGAAGGUGAUAAGACAAAGACUGCAACGCACACACCGCGGUGAACACUCCGUUAGUUCCCAGACACUUAGUCCUAACCAUGCUAAGGCAAGCCCAGUUUCGAUACCUCCACGUACCUGUCCACCUGUUCACAUGCGGCCGAUGCGUAACUCCGUAGAAGGGUUAAAUCAGGAAAUAGAAAAGUUGGUUCUGUACACCGGUCAGCCGCACACCUGUCGAUCUGAUCUGGAAAUGUACUCCCGUGGCACCCCGGAAGGACAUCGUGCUCCGCUGGCCGAGCUGUUUCACGCUGCGGGUGGAGGUGUGAUCAUGACGAGCGACACUCGCUCGGUCAACACUCAGACGCCGUUGGGCGAUACGUUGUCUUCGGACGACGGAAGCCAAAGUACUUCCCCCGACGAGGGAGCAGCCGUUUCGAGUGCAUCGCCCAGGAUCAACAAGUUCUUGGCACGUGAACCGCCCGAUGGUUGUGAAAAGGUAAACCUCAAGCUAACCGAAGCCGACACAAGUACAAAUACGACGCACUUCAAACCGUGCGUUGCUUUCCAGCUUAGACCUUCUCUAGGGUCUGCAUUUCAACCGCUGCAGCCGAUACCGACGUUGAAAACCACUCCGGAAGACGACGGAAACAACGAAGGGGAAGCCGACAGUCAGCAGCCUUCGUCUUCGGGAACCGGCGCAGCAGAUUAAUUUGUCGCCGCUGCUGCCGCAGGCUGGAAGCCCCCUUUUGUGGGCCCAGCUUGCCGCUUCUCUUUCAUCCCCUUAGAUCUAGUGUGUAUUUCUCCCGUAACAAAAGUAUACACAUUCGUUCGCGAACUGUUGGCACGCAUUUUGCCCAAUUACAUCGGUAGGUACAACUAAAAUGUCGAUUCUAUAUCAUUUUGUACGGUCAAACCAAGGAGAGAAUUAUUAACCUGUCGAUUAAAAGUAAUUACCAAAUUAAUAGGGAAUGGAGACCUAAAAGUUUUUGACAAAUUUCUCGAUUAACCACAGUAGAGCGCUUCGUAACGGUAGAACAAUAAAUACAGAGGAUGUGCUUUGAAUAGGGACUUGAGUUGAAAAUUUAUUUUGAUUUGCGUCGUAACUAAAUCCUUCGUUCUCUUUCAAUCGAUGCGAAAAGUGUGUUUAAUUUCAUUUAAACUGUUCCAGUCAUCGACUGAUAACUGUAGAGCGUCAAUGUGUGUGUGUAAAUAAGGCAUAUUAAGGAGAAAUAAGACGAGAGUAAAAAGGAACGAAAGGCAGAUCGGGUUUUGAAUGCCAUGUUUUGAUGGCGGAUUUUGUACUGACGACAAGAUAACAAUAAAUGACAGAUAUAAAUCAGGAACUGAGGAAUAACAUUCAGCUUAUGUACGUUUCAUCAAAGGCUAAUAGAAAUCAUGACAUAAACCAGCACAUAAUUCCAUCUUGAUUUCUAUUGUUAUUAAACAGUACAUCACACAGAAGUGUAGAUUACAACAUAAGAUUUCUUUUAUUUACGAUUUUUUUUAUAAUAAUCAAACCAAAUGAUGAUCGCUACCGUAAUAGGCCUUAUCAGGCUCAUCAAACGUUGGAUGACUUAGUUAGUUUCAUACUAUUCUUUUCGGGAGGAAUCCCUGGAAAAAUACGGGCACAUUCCAGGAGAAACUCCAGAAAUCUCCAGAUAAAUCCCAGGAAGAAUCUAGAAAAAAUGAAUGUUAUCCCGGGAGCAAUUUUAAGAAACUUUUUUGCUUAACAAGAGUUGAACAAACGUCUCUUAAGCUAAUUUUAGCUUAAGAAAUUCUUAUUCAGCUGCUUCUGUUACUUGCUAUAUCUGUCCAGUAGAUAUGCUUGGAAGAAUUCUAGAAUGAAUUCCAAAAAAAUACUCUUAGGGAGUGAUGGCAGAAAUCUCGGGUGCAAUCUCUGAUGGAAUCCUUAGAGGAAUUCGUUGGGAAAUCCUAGGUGGUAUCCCGAGAGAAAUUUGUAGAAACACCCCGGAAGGAAUCUUGGUAGAGACCUCUGUGGGAAUCCAAAAAGGAAUUUAUAUAAAAAAAAUCUCGCGAUAAAAUUUCUGAAGAAAUCUUGACAUCAAUUUCUGGUGGAAUCCUAGCUGUAAUCCCGAGAAGAAUCUCAGUUAGAAACCAACACAUUUCGACUCGCUUUCAUUUGACAUCCGGGAGUUGCAAACUUUAGUCAAAAUUCCAAAUAUGGGCAUCUUUAGCGCGAUCCCUGCAACGACGCCACGCUCACGCUGUGUACCACAAGCGUGAAUUUUUCAUGGUGCGUGUACUCAGUACACGACGCAACAGCUCCCGGGUUAACGUCACAGACGCAACACUUUAUCAGAACACUGCUACUGUAAAUUGGUGAGUAUGUCUUCGUUAGAUGCAAUGGUGUGUCAAAAAUUUACCAUAAUUUACGCUUCACGGCGGUUGAAAGCAGGGAUAGCAUUAUGUGGCUGCUGAGCAGACGCAGAAGACAAACAAACUUGAUCAUAAUCAUUGGCGUAGUGUUUUUUUCUCACUCAUUCUUCUAAACAAACAGGAGAAAGAGAAGGAUGAAAGAGGGGGCACAGGCCCCCCCCCCCCAUGCAUCUCGCUUUUUCACGCGUUUGUUUAGAGUUAGAAAAAAGAAAAGGCUAGCUACGCCAAUGAUCAUAAACAACAGGGGCUCAAGAAUAAUCGCACUUCCUCAUUCACAAGCAAGCGAAAGAUGCUCGCAUUCGACGUGAUUCGUGAAACAACUCUGAUGCGGUAAAGGAAGUUCUGCUUUUCAAGAACAUUGAUGCAGUUACGUUAUAGUUUAUGAAUGAUGAUCACUUGAUUUGCUAUUAAAAUUGAGUGUAACUACUAUAAAAUGCACCCCCGUUAGUCGUUCACGUUUUCCUUUUUGGUUCGCACUCACUAGUCAAACGGAUACAAAUUAACUCACACAAAGCUGAUUAUCGGAACCAUUGUGUUCUGAUGUGUUGUUUUAUUUACUAGUGAGUUACUUCAUGAGCAAAACAUGCCCAUCAUUGUUUAAAAUUGACGUCAAUAUUAUUUUUUCGAGUUUUGAAAUGUUUAGUUCAAAGUUUUUUUUCGUAAUUGUUUAUGAUCACCAUAUUAACAAAAAAAACUCACAAACAUCGAUACGGUCGUUUGUUAGCAUAUUUUUCUCCAUAAUCAUCAACUUUUUAAAUUAACUAAAAGUACUUCAUUCUACGUUAACAUCCAUCCGCCGUAUAACUUCGACACCCCAUGCUUUCUUUUCAUACUAAAAUGUCUGUUUUGCAAAUACUUCCUCAUGUUUUGAAUAAAAAAUAACUAACCUACACAAAAAAUACAUCAUAAUUGGAACAGCCGCAAAAUAACUCACCAAACAUUACCUUCAAUAGUAAGCAAAAGUAUCGAUCGAAAACUAACAAUAGAAUCAAAAAACACAACAUACAUUAUAUUUUGAUAUAAGAAACUUGUACGCGACGCAGAUAACAUUUGACACGACUACUCUCACAUCAAUAGACUAUGUAUUAAACUAAUGAUUGGUUUGUACAAGAUAGCAGGUUGAAUCUCUUAAAACAAUGAAUGCGACUAAAAAAAGUUUAAAAUGUUUGUGAACUGGACCGUUUUUAACCUGUAUCCAAUAUGUGGUGAUGAAUGGGAAAUAAUGGACUGCUGAAACAUGAGAGUUAUGUGAUGUCGGUACCAAAAGCAAGAAAAAAGAACUUGGCAAGCUUUAGUUUUAGUUCUUUUCUACACAGGUUCAUAAUGAGUGUUUUUCAAAGCACAAUGACAGCAAAUGACAGGACCAAGUGAAAUUUGAAUUUACCUCGUCUUCUUCAUUUUCAAUUUUCGUAUUUAGUUCCUCCCAGACGCUACAUUCCCCUCGUUGUAAGAAUGAUCUCCCAAAAAAAAAACAUGAGAAACAUUCGUGAUCUUUUUGAGAGCAACUACUGAACGUAGGAUGAUAAAUUAUUAAAACCGUUGAAUUAUUCCAAUAUACAACCCAGUAUUAAAAAUGGGAUGCAUUUUAUGCUCAAAGCAAGUUGAAAAAUAUUGUUAUGCAUAUUAAAAAAGAAUGUCAAAAAUUUGUUGGGUCGAAAUUGUUCGAAAUUGCUAAAGAAAAUCGAUUAUAACGUUCAAUAAUUCCUGAAUCAAUGUAACAUCAAAUAUUCAAAAAUAUUACCGUAGGAACAUUUUAUUUUGACUAAAACUAAAUUUCCGCUGGAAAAUAAUACCUACCCAAUAAUUCGCCGAUAAUUAUUCCCAAAUACUAAAUGUACAAAUUUAUUACUUUAAGACUUUGGUUCCCAAAAACAAAACGGAAAGCAUUGACGAAGAAAUAAUGCAGAUAAUAUUUUUUUUUAUAUGUAAACCGAUAAGUUAUUAGUAAUAAUAAUCACAUAUUAAGAGAUAAGUAUAUUGUUUGCCAACAGCAAAUGAUCCAACAAAACCAUUAUCCACGAAUAUGUAAAACAAACAAAAGCAGCACAGUCAGCCAAACAAGACGCUUUGCGAUGAACUGCGCUUAGGAAGAGAUCUGUUCGGCAGGUGGUACAACAUUCAAAUGGAUUGGAACAACAAACUUUACGUUACCAACGCUCGAUCUUUUAGUAAAACAAAUGCUUACAAUACAAUACAUGGUACAUCAUACAACGCCAUAUGUUAGUCGACGGGAGCCAAUCGAUCCGCGUCAACGAUCCCGUUAAAUUGCCGAACCUAAUUUCGAUACGCCUUUAACAUUUUUUUCUCUGAAAAGUACAGUGCAACUGUGCUAUAAUUGACCAGCUUGUGUAUCUAUUAUUACUUAGUUCGAUUUGUUACAAUUGAGAUGAUAGUUCUUAUUGCAUAAGUCAUAUUCCUUUAUUCGUAUAAGCAUUUUAUGUUCGUUCAUUUAUAUAUCCUUUUCAUAUGCAUUUUGUUAUGUAUUAUAAAUAAGCAUUUCAAUUAAAUUGUUUUUUCGUAAA